AAGAAAUGGAGGUAAGCCGAGGUGGUGAAACCUUAUUUUCCUUUACUUUUACUUGGGUAACGGUGGUCCCCUUGGUGGCAAGAGAGAGUCAGAGAAAGAACGCUUCCUCAAUCUUCACUCCGAGUCGGGCAUUGAUUGAGCCGAUUGAAUUCAAUGUCGGAGAUGGCUCAGACGGAUCCCGAAGGCGUGGACGGAGUGCGCAUGACGUGGAAUCUGUGGCCGCGCACCAAGGUGGAGGCGAGCAAGUGCGUCAUACCCCUCGCCGCAACCAUUGCCCUCCUCCGUCCCCAUCCAGACAUUCCCCCAACGCUACCUUACGCGCCUCUCCGCUGUAAGACCUGCUUCUCCGUCCUCAACCCCUUCUCGCGCGUCGACUUGACCGCCAAGAUCUGGAUCUGUCCCUUCUGCUACAACCGUAACCACUUUCCCCCUCACUACGCCCAAAUUUCGGAAACGAAUCUCCCUGCCGAACUCUAUCCCCAAUACACCACUCUGGAAUACCAACUCAACAACAACAACAACAUCAACCCUAACCUUACCCAUCCCCCUGUCUUCCUCUUCCUCCUCGACACCUGCGUCAUUGCCGAAGAGCUCCACUUUCUCAAAUCCGCGCUCCGCCAGGCCCUCGGGCUUCUUCCCGACAACGCGCUUGUUGGCUUCGUGUCAUUUGGCACGCAGGUCCAGGUGCAUGAGCUGGGCUUCUCGGAUAUUUCCAAGGUUUACGUGUUCCGUGGGAGCAAGGACAUUCCCAAAGAUCAGAUUUUGGAACAGUUAGGUCUCACCGCCGCCAGGAGUGCCUAUCCCAAGGUGGGGACGACGCAGGCUCAGCCACCUUCUGCUGCUGUCACCAGGUUCUUGCUGCCUGCUUCUGAUUGUGAAUACACUCUCAAUUCGGUGUUGGAUGAAUUGCAAACUGACCAGUGGCCGGUUUCGAUCGGGAAGCGCCCUGCACGGUGUACCGGCGUGGCGUUGAGCGUAGCAACGGGGUUGCUUGGUGCUUGUAAUCCCGGGACUGGGGCUAGGAUCAUUGCUUUGGUUGGUGGUCCCUGCACUGAAGGACCUGGUUCGAUUGUGUCAAAAGAUCUAUCUGAUCCUUUGCGUUCUCAUAAAGAUCUUGAUAAGGAUGCAGCACCAUACUUCAAGAAAGCAGUUAAGUUUUAUGAGGGUCUUGCGAAACAGCUGGUUAUCCAGGGUCACGUUUUAGAUCUUUUUGCAUCAGCCCUUGAUCAGGUUGGAGUAGCAGAAAUCAAAGUUGCAGUUGAAAAAACUGGUGGCCUUGUUGUCCUGUCUGAAAGUUUUGGUCAUUCGGUCUUCAAGGACUCUUUUAAGCGUGUUUUUGAGGAUGGGGAGCAAUCUCUUGGUCUUUGUUUCAAUGGAACACUUGAGAUUAAUUGCUCCAAGGAAAUCAAAAUUCAGGGUAUAAUUGGACCUUGCACAUCAUUGGAAAAGAAAGGGCCUUCUGUUGCUGAUAGUGUCAUAGGGGAGGGAAACACAACAACUUGGAAACUGUGUGGCCUUGACAAGAGUACAUGCUUGACUGUGCUGUUUGAUCUUUCGUCAAGUGACCAUUCAAACACUCCAACUAUUACUAACCCACAGUUGUACCUGCAAUUUCUUACAAGUUACCAGAGUCCAAACGGUCAAUCAGUGCUACGGGUCACCACUAUAACUAGAAGAUGGGUAGAUGUUGCUAUCAGCUCUGAGGAAUUGGUCCAAGGAUUUGACCAAGAAACUGGUGCAGUAGUAAUGGCAAGGCUUGCGUCUAUAAAAAUGGAGACAGAGGAAGCAUUUGAUGCCACACGAUGGUUGGACCGUUUACUGAUUCGCCUCUGCUCUAAAUUUGGUGACUACCGCAAGGAUGACCCGUCAUCUUUUACGUUAAAUCCAUCAUUUUCCUUAUUCCCCCAAUUUAUGUUCAAUCUGCGAAGAUCACAGUUUGUACAGGUUUUUAAUAACAGUCCGGAUGAGACUGCAUACUUCCGCAUGUUGUUAAAUAGGGAAAAUAUAAGUAAUGCCGUCGUCAUGAUUCAGCCAUCCCUAAUAUCAUAUUCAUUUAAUUCGUUGCCUGCACCAGCAUUGUUAGAUGUGGCUUCCAUUUCAGCAGACCGGAUUUUGUUGCUUGAUUCAUAUUUUAGUGUGGUUAUUUUUCAUGGAAUGACAAUAGCCCAAUGGCGCAACAUGGGAUACCAUAACCAGCCAGAGCACCAGGCUUUUGCACAACUAUUACAAGCACCCCAAGAUGAUGCCCAAAUCAUAAUUAGGGAACGUUUCCCUGUCCCUAGAUUGGUAGUGUGUGAUCAACAUGGUUCCCAAGCUAGAUUUUUAUUAGCAAAGCUGAACCCGUCAGCAACAUACAAUAAUGCACAUGAAAUGGCUGCUGGUUCAGACGUAAUCUUCACUGACGACGUGAGCCUCCAAGUUUUCUUUGACCAUCUGCAGAGGCUGGCUGUCCAAUCCUGAUAAUAGUAGUAACUGACAGAUUUUUGACUUUGGCUGUUCCAUUCAGUAAUUUUCUGUUUUUAAAGGAGAGCAGGUCGUGGCCAUAUCAGUUGUGGAACAAAGAAAGUUGUGAAGUGUUAUUCUUUAGGGCUACGGUCGGAUUUUUUUAAUGGAGAAAUAAGGGCCCCGAAGGUGUUGAGUUUGGGUGUUGCGGAAACUAAGGAUAAUGAAAUGUAGGUUAAAGAGCUACUUGCGUGAAUGCAGCAAAGCAAAUGAGGGAGAAAGUUAGUUUUAUAUAGCAUUUUUUCUAUUGUUUUAUAAAUUGAUAUAGUUAGUUGGCUUACUUUUUCUUUUUA